AUGUCCAAUCGAUUCCUCUUACUGGAUCCGCAUGUGCCUCCAUCAAAAGUGUGUGGCCAUCCACGACAAGCCACCCCCCGCAUCGCAAAGGAGUUGGAGGAGACCAAGAAGAAGAAGCGGAAGGACCAAAAAGUGCUCGUCAACACGGGGGCGUACUAUUAA